AAGUCAUUCUUAAUAUGAUAUGUAAGUCAGUGAAUAAUAUGAUACCGCUUUUGUGAAAUCAAAGGACUCUCGAUUCCUACCUUUUGUCUUGUAUGUAUGAAUCUACCAGUUUCUUUGCAGCUGUUGAAGCAGAAACCUGAUUUGAAAGUUUGGUGGUUGAUCAAGGAGGACAAAUCUUGGAUCUUUUUGGGUCAAAUUUAUUGAACUGAGGAUUUGGGGUUUUUUAAUUAAUGGGUUUGGUGUAGAAAGGUGAUUGCUUUUUUGGGUUUGCUGAAUCUUGGACCAUGGCGAUUCCAUGGAGUACGACACUAUGGAUCACUAAGAUGGUGUGGAUGGCAUUAAGUGGUUGGGUAGUCUCUUGCUUGACUAUUGCAGAUGAGGUUGCUGGCUCUUUUCGAACCGGUGAUAUUGGUCCUUUUCAUGUUGGUUGACUGAUAUUGUACAGAAACACCAUCUUCUCCUUUUUUUCUUCUUAUCAAUUUGUGCCUAGCUAGUGUUUUCAUUUUGCUUUCUUUUGUAAAUUUCUGGAUAAAUAUCAUUUAUACUAGUUUUUCGCAUCUGUUUUAGAUGAAUGUGGUUUGCAAA